AUGCCUUUUCUGACGCCAGGUGGAAUUGCCGCAUUCUUCUACCAACAAUUCUUCGUGACCCCAAAAGUCGAUCCUAAACUCUCCUUCACUGGCCAGACCGUCAUUGUCACCGGCUCCAACGUCGGUCUCGGUUUCUCCACCGCAGAACAGAUCGCCCAACGCGGCGUGUCCAAACUCAUCCUCGCCGUCCGUAGCGUCUCUAAGGGCGAAGAAGCAGCCACUAAAAUCCACGCCAGCCUAGCAAAAUCUCAGGAUCCGACUCGGACGACUUCGGCCCCCGGCAUCGACAUCGAAGUCUGGCCACUUGACCUCGGGUCUUAUCAAUCCGUGAAAGACUUUGCUGCUCGUGCGAAGAAGCUGGAUAGGCUCGAUGUGCUGUUGGAGAACGCGGGUGUGCAGAAAUCUAAGUUCGAGUUGAAGGAGGAGGAUGAGGAGACGAUCACAGUGAAUGUCGUGAGCACUGCACUGCUCGCGUUCAUGUUAUUGCCGAAGUUGAGGGAGACGGCGGAAAGGUUCGGUGUGCUUCCACAUCUGGUGGUUGUGAGCAGCGAGACGGCGUUCUUUGCGAAGUUUGAGGAGAGGAAGGCGGAGAGUAUCCUUGAUAAGUUGGCGGAUCCGAGGUCAGAUAUGAGCCAGAGGUACUUCAACUCUAAACUCAUCGAGAACUACUUCGUGCGCGAACUCGCUUCUCGUGUCACAUCUUCCCCCUCUUCACCCUCCGUCGUCAUCAACGCCGUCAACCCUGGGUUUUGUCAAUCGACUUUCUUCCGUGAGGGCUCCAUCAACCUCGGACUACGCCUCUUCAUGUUCUUCGUCCAACGGAAGACCCAUGUCGGGGCUCGAAAUUUUGUGUAUGCUGCUGCCGCCGGUCCCGCAUCACACGGGCAAUACCUGAGCGAUUGUAGGGUGCAUCCGUCGCCGUGUGAGAGGGAAAAUCUGAAGGCAGAAUUGGAGGAGAUACAGAGGAAAGUCUGGGAUGAGUUAGUGCGGAAGCUGGAGAGAAUAGAGCCAGGGGUUACGAGUUCUAUUUGA